AGGUAUUUAAAAGCUUACCUGAAACUUUUGGAUCAGUUAAACGUAAAAGAGGUAAUUGUGUGGUUGUACUGAUUGGACAGUUUACAAGCUAAUAAUAUCUAAAAUUGGAAAAAUGUUGGAGUUAGUUCUGUUUGCUGGUUUAUCUGGUAUAUCCGGAGGAUACUUGAUCUACGAUUUUUUAUUGAAAGAAUUCUUUCUUCCUGAUGAAGGCGAAAAUGUUAGAUCCGAAGAAAAAUCAAAACGGAAGACACUAUUGAAAAUUGAAUACCGAGAUGGUGACAAAAUCAGCAUUGCAAAUGAUUGUGGAAUAUGUAUGGAUACUUUGAGUGGCAUAGUACUGACAACGGAAUGUAAGCAUGAGUUUCAUUUUAAAUGCUUCUCUGAUUGGUUUAAACGAAAAAACACAUGUCCUUUCUGCAGAAGUGUUGUCACCAUGACGUAAUUUUUGAUAUAUUUUAUUUUCUGAAAUUAUUGAGAAAAUCUCAUCUUGUAAAUACCGUUUGUAAA